AUGUAUCGACAAACCUCCUGCCAAUACCAAACACUCCUCUUAUCUACUGUCGUUAUUUUCCUUCUCAUUAUAGUAGCAAUUCAGCAUGAAGAAAUCUCCAAUAAACAAAAACUACCAAUCUCUACGAAGUCCUCCAACUCCAGCGUGGUCAUCUCCGCGCCCCUCGCGACACAUUCAUCAGAAGCUCCGGGAUUUCCCAAAAAGCUAUGGUAUAAAGUAGGGCCUCAAGGUGUUUCGGACGAGGCAAAACGAUUUAGACAUCACUGUCUCGAUAUCAACCCAGGCUUUGAAUAUGAAGUGCUCACUGAUGCAUUCGCGGAUGAGUACUUGUGGAAAUGGUUUUCCCACCGUCCAGAUAUUUUGAAUACCUAUUUUUCGCUCAGUAUACCGAUCUUGAAAGCCGAUUUACUGCGAUAUUUGAUACUGUAUGCUUAUGGAGGAGUGUGGUUUGAUUUAGAUGUUUCGUGUGAGGAUAUUCCCAUCGACGAUUGGGUAUUGGAGGAACAUCGAACGGCAAACCUUGUCGUCGGUCUGGAGUUCGAUUAUGACUAUCAAGAAGAUACUGCGAUGUAUUCGCAAUUCGCGAGCUGGACUAUUAUGGCAAAACCCAGGUCUCCACAUCUAAUGCAGGUUAUCAAUGAUAUCUUGGACGAGCUUAAUGAGAUCGCACGACGAAACGAAGUAUCAAUCGAAGGAAUAGAGUUGAGCAUGAUAAGUGAUGUGGUGGAUAUAACGGGACCAAAAAGGAUGACGUGGGGAAUUAUCAAAAGUCUUAAAGAGAUCCUCGGAAGGGAACUUGAUGAUAGGGAUGUUGGAGAAUUGAGAAGUGCAAGAUUGAUUCAUGAUGUGUUGAUUUUGCCGGGAAAUGCGUUUGCGGGGACGCAAAAUGGAUUUAAGAAAGGAAAAGGAAAGGUUUUUGUGAACCAUCAUUAUGCAGGGACUUGGAAGAAUAAGUUCGGUGGCGAGGCUGAGAAAGGCUCUGAGAAAGAGAAGGAGAUUGAGGAAGAGAGAAGGAUUGAGCAAGAAAUGGAAGAGAGGAGGAUUAAAGAAGAGAGGAUUGGCCAGGAGAGAAUUGAUCAAGAACAGAAAGACACGGAAGAGCAGGAGACCGAACAGAAGAAUGAAAAUGAGCAAGAUAAGGCUGCUGCAGAGGAGAAAGAAGAAAAGGAGACCAAACAGCAAGCAGAGUCUGAGCAAGAAGAUAAAAUUGAGGAAAAGAAUGAUGCUGAAGAUGCUGAAGAUAAUGAAGCCAAAGAGAAAGAAGAAUCCGAGCCAGAAAAGGAGAAUCUGUGA